UUCAUCCCAAUCAUCAGUCAUUCGACAGCAUUGACCUAGUCGCAAGUGUCCCCCUCACGAAGCAGAACCAAAUCCAGAGACUGCCAGCAAUCAUGUCUCGAGUGUGCCUUCCUGUCCUGGCCAUUGUGCUCAUCCUUGCCGGAUCCUCGGAGGCAGCCGGCCUCGAGUGGCCCUCCAAUUUGUUGGCUCUCAGCUCUGGCAAGUCCACGCAGCUGCUGUCCCUCCGUGCUGCCGAGGAAUCCGAAGAGCAGUCCGAGAGCAGUUCUGGAUCCGCCUCUGCUGCAGCUGCCGCCGCUGCGCAAAAGGAGGAAAAGGACCAGGAGGAGGACUCUUCAUCCUCCUCUGAUCAGCUUUCUCAAUCUUCCAGCGGCAGCUCGGACACCAUCGAUGCGCGCCUCCUGUCCGGCAUACCCGUCACCGUGCCUCUGCCUCUGAUUGUGGCCGCUCGCCCUGGCCUGCGGACUGUCCUCACCAUCCAGGAGCCAGCUGUGGCCGAGGUGGGCGAGGUGGUGCAGCAUGUGCCCACCGCAGUGUCCCACCAGAGCCAGACGAUUGUGCACGACCACCGCCGCCUGGUCACCCCCAUCGUGGCGCCUGCCGUUCGCACCACCAAACUGGUUCGCCAGCAGCCGCCGCUGUGGACUCUGUCCUCUGCCGAUCCUCGCUUGAUUCUGCUCCGGAACUGAAGCAAAGUCCCCACUUGCAUGGACACCAAAGAUGAACCCACAAAAUGAACAACUCGCCAAACCCUCAGCUUUAGCCCCUCUAGCCACCCACAGACUGUCUCAUCUCUGUCUCCGAUCUGUUCUCCGUCUUCUGUCUUCUCUCGUCUCUCUUCUCUCUUCUCUGCCAUUUUCUGUAGAUUCUCUUCUCUGCAAUAAAGAAUUCGCAUCUGCA